AUGGUACAAGGUUGGGCAAGCUAUGUAAUUAUGGAGAAGUUGAGAGUUUUGAAAGUUGCUUUAAAAAGAUGGCAUGUGACAUUGUUUGGUGAUGUAGACCCAAAAUUGCAAGAAGCUAAACCUGAACUGCACUCUCUAGAUUUACAAUCUGAUCUGAGGGAGUUGGAUAAGGUGGAGAAGGGAAGAAAAAAGGAGGUAAGGUGUGUGAUUUGGAAGUUUAGGAAAAGGAUAGAGUGGAUGUGGGUGCAAAAGUCUAUGAUGGAUUGGGCUUUUAAAGGUGAUCGAAAUACUAGAUUUUUUCAUAUUAUAGCUACGAAGAGACAUAAUAAAAACUUGAUUGCUUCUCUUGAGGUUAAUGGGGUUGAGGUUGAAGAACCCAAUGAGGUUAAACAAGCAGCUUGCUACCAUUUCCAUAGUUUAUUUACUGAACAAUGGAGGUAUAGGCCAAGAAUUGGAGGAGAGCUCCAGAAGAUUGGAGCUAAUCAAGUAGUUGACAUUUUGGAGAGAGAGUUUUCAGUGGAAGAAGUAUGGGCUGCUAUUAAAGAUUGUGAUGGCAAUAAAGCCCCGGGUCCGGAUGGGUUUAAUAUGUUUUUUUUCAAAAAAGCUGGGAAUUUUUGCAAGAUGACAUCAUGA